AUGGAGCCCACCACCCCCCAGGACGACAGUCAGAGGAAGAAGCAGCCCAAGAAGGUGGUGCCGAUCACACCGCCCCACCCGGCCCGGGCCCUGUUCUGCUUCACCCUGCAGAACCCCCUGAGGAAGGCCUGUAUCAGCAUCGUGGAAUGGAAACCCUUUGAAAUCAUCAUCCUGCUCACCAUCUUUGCCAACUGUGUGGCUCUGGCAGUGUACCUGCCUAUGCCUGAGGAUGACAACAACACUACCAAUAUGGGCCUGGAAAAGAUGGAGUACUUCUUCCUCAUUGUCUUUGCCAUUGAAGCUGUCAUAAAGAUCAUUGCUCACGGGUUUCUGUUCCACCCAGAAGCCUACCUGCGCAGUGGCUGGAACGUGCUGGAUUUCAUCAUUGUCUUCUUGGGGGUCUUCACGGUGGUCCUGGAGCAGAUCAACCUGAUCCAGAGCAGCUCGACGCCCUUGAGCAGCAAAGGGGCAGGCUUUGAUGUCAAGGCCCUGAGGGCCUUCCGCGUUCUGCGACCCCUCCGGCUGGUUUCCGGGGUGCCAAGCCUGCAGGUGGUCCUCAACUCCAUCAUUAAAGCCAUGGUUCCCCUCCUCCACAUCGCCCUGCUGGUCCUGUUUAUGAUCAUCAUCUACGCCAUCAUCGGCCUGGAGCUCUUCAAGGGCAAGAUGCACAAGACAUGUUACUUUAUUGGGACAGAUAUCAUCGCCACGGUGGAGGGGGAGAAGCCAUCUCCCUGUGCCACCACCGGCCACGGCCGCCCCUGCACCAUCAACGGCAGCGAGUGCCGAGGUGGCUGGCCGGGUCCCAACAAUGGCAUCACCCACUUCGACAACUUCGGCUUCGCCAUGCUCACCGUGUACCAGUGCAUUACCAUGGAGAGCUGGACUGACGUCCUCUACUGGGUCAACGACGCCAUUGGGAACGAGUGGCCCUGGAUCUAUUUUGUCAGCCUCAUUCUGCUGGGCUCCUUCUUCAUCCUCAACCUGGUGCUGGGAGUGCUAAGCGGCGAGUUUACCAAGGAAAGGGAGAAGGCCAAGUCCCGGGGGGCGUUCCAGAAACUGAGAGAGAAGCAGCAACUGGAGGAGGAUCUGAAGGGCUACAUGAACUGGAUCACCCAGGCUGAGGUCACGGAUGACGGCCAUGUGAGAGAAGGGAAACUGUCAUUGGAUGAAGGGGCCUCAGACACCGAAAGUCUGUAUGAAAUCGAGGGCUUGAACAGAUUCCUUCUGUUUUUCCGGCACUGGAGACGGUGGAAUCGAAUCUUCCACCGGAAAUGCCAUGAGGUGGUCAAGUCCAAGGUGUUCUAUUGGCUGGUCAUCCUGGUGGUGGCCCUCAACACCCUAUCCAUCGCCUCAGAGCACCACCUCCAGCCAGCCUGGCUGACCCGUGUGCAAGACCUGGCCAACACAGUGCUGCUGGCCCUGUUCACUGUGGAGAUGCUGCUCAAGAUGUACGGGCUGGGCCUCCGCCAGUACUUCAUGUCACUCUUCAAUCGCUUCGACUGCUUCGUGGUGUGCAGUGGCCUGCUGGAGACUGCUCUGGUCCAGAUGGGCGCUAUGUCUCCCCUCGGCAUCUCUGUCCUGCGCUGCAUUCGCCUGCUGAGGAUCUUUAAGGUCACCAGGCACUGGACAUCUCUGAGCAAUCUGGUGGCCUCUCUUCUGAACUCGAUCCGCUCCAUCGCCUCCCUGCUCCUCCUCCUCUUCCUCUUCAUCAUCAUUUUCUCCCUGCUGGGCAUGCAGCUCUUUGGAGGCAAGUUCGACUUUGAGGACACAGAAGUUCGACGAAGUAGGUUUGACAACUUCCCCCAGGCCCUCAUCAGCGUCUUCCAGAUCCUCACAGGGGAAGACUGGAACUCGGUGAUGAACAAUGGGAUUCUGGCCUAUGGGGGCCCCUCCUAUCCGGGUGUGCUUGUCUGCAUCUACUUCAUCAUCCUCUUUGUCUGUGGCAACUAUAUCCUGCUCAAUGUCUUCCUGGCCAUUGCGGUGGAUAACCUAGCCGAGGCUGAGAGUCUGACCUCCGCCCAGAAGGCCAAGGCCGAAGAGAGGAAACGAAGGAAGAUGUCCAGGGGUCUCCCAGACAAGUCAGAAGAGGAGAGGCUGAUGCUGGCCAAAAAGCUGGAGAUGAAGGCCAAGGGAGAAGGGAUUCCCACUACGGCCAAGCUCAAAGUGGACGAGUUUGAAUCCAAUGUCAAUGAGAUAAAGGAUCCCUAUCCGUCAGCCGACUUUCCAGGAGACGAUGAGGAAGAUGAGCCCGAGAUCCCCCUGAGUCCCCGGCCCCGCCCCCUGGCAGAGCUGCAGCUGAAGGAGAAGGCUGUGCCAAUGCCUGAAGCCAGCUCCUUCUUCAUCUUCAGCCCCACCAACAAGAUCCGUGUGCUCUGCCACCGCAUAGUCAAUGCCACCUGGUUCACCAACUUCAUCCUGCUCUUCAUCCUACUCAGCAGCAUCUCCCUAGCAGCUGAGGACCCCAUCCGGGCCGAAUCCUUCAGGAACCAGAUCCUUGGCUACUUUGAUAUCGCCUUCACCUCCGUGUUCACUGUGGAGAUUGUUCUGAAGAUGACCACGUACGGUGCCUUCCUCCACAAGGGCUCCUUCUGCCGGAAUUACUUCAACAUCCUGGACUUGCUGGUGGUGGCUGUCUCCCUCAUCUCCAUGGGCAUUGAAUCGAGUGCCAUCUCCGUGGUGAAGAUUCUCAGAGUUCUGAGAGUGCUGCGCCCACUCCGAGCCAUCAACAGGGCCAAGGGCCUGAAGCACGUGGUGCAGUGCGUGUUCGUAGCCAUUCGCACCAUCGGGAACAUCGUCAUCGUCACCACGCUGCUGCAGUUCAUGUUUGCCUGCAUCGGCGUCCAGCUGUUCAAGGGGAAGUUCUACAGCUGCACGGACCUGUCCAAGAUAACAGAAGAGGAAUGCCGGGGCUAUUACUAUGUGUAUAAGGAUGGAGACCCCACGCAGAUGGAGCUGCACCCCCGGCAGUGGGUGCACAGUGAUUUCAAUUUUGACAACGUGUUGUCCUCCAUGAUGGCACUUUUCACCGUCUCCACGUUUGAAGGCUGGCCCGAGCUGCUGUACCGGGCCAUCGACACACACACCGAGGACAUGGGCCCCAUUUACAACUACCGGGUGGAGAUCGCCAUCUUCUUCAUCAUCUACAUCAUCCUCAUCGCCUUCUUCAUGAUGAACAUCUUCAUCGGCUUUGUCAUAGUCACCUUCCAGGAGCAGGGAGAGCGGGAGUACAAGAACUGCGAGCUGAACAAGAACCAGCGCCAGUGUGUGCAGUAUGCCCUGAAGGCCCGCCCUCUGCGACGCUACAUUCCCAAGAACCAGUAUCAGUACCAGGUGUGGUACGUGGUCACCUCCUCCUACUUCGAGUAUUUGAUGUUUUUCCUCAUCACGCUCAACACCAUCAGCCUGGGCAUGCAGGCCUACAACCAGUCUGAAGAGAUGAACCACAUCUCGGACAUCCUUAAUGUGGCAUUCACCAUCCUCUUCACCUUGGAGAUGAUCCUUAAACUUAUGGCCUUCAAGGCUAAGGGCUACUUUGGGGACCCCUGGAACGUGUUUGACUUCCUGAUCGUUAUUGGCAGCAUCAUUGAUGUUAUCCUCAGCGAGAUCGAUACUCUCCUUGCCUCCAGCGGGGGACUGUACUGCCUGAGCGGAGGCUGCACGAACCUCGAUCCAGAGGAAAAUGCCCGUGUCUCCAUCACUUUCUUCCGGCUAUUCCGAGUCAUGAGGCUGAUAAAGCUGCUGAGCCGAGGAGAGGGUGUCCGGACUCUGCUCUGGACCUUCAUCAAGUCGUUCCAGGCCCUGCCCUACGUGGCGCUCCUGAUCGUCAUGCUCUUCUUCAUCUAUGCCGUCAUUGGGAUGCAGAUGUUUGGGAAAAUCGCCACAGUGGACGGGACCCAGAUAAAUAGGAAUAAUAACUUCCAGACGUUCCCGCAAGCCGUGCUGCUGCUCUUCAGGUGUGCGACGGGAGAGGCCUGGCAGGAGAUUUUACUGGCCUCCAGCUACGGGAAGUUGUGUGACCCUGAGUCCGACUACAACCCUGGGGAGGAGUAUACGUGUGGCACGGGCUUCGCAUAUUUCUAUUUCAUCAGCUUCUACAUGCUCUGCGCCUUCCUGAUUAUCAACCUCUUCGUCGCAGUCAUCAUGGACAACUUUGACUACCUGACACGGGACUGGUCCAUCCUCGGGCCCCAUCACCUGGAUGAAUUUAAGAGGAUCUGGGCCGAGUAUGACCCAGAAGCCAAGGGGAGAAUCAAGCACCUGGAUGUGGUGACCUUGCUGAGGCGGAUCCAGCCCCCUCUGGGAUUUGGGAAGUUCUGUCCUCACCGGGUGGCCUGUAAGCGGCUGGUGGGCAUGAACAUGCCUCUGAACAGCGAUGGCACCGUCACCUUCAAUGCCACGCUCUUCGCCCUGGUUCGCACAGCUCUCAAGAUCAAAACUGAAGGGAACUUUGAGCAGGCAAACGAGGAGCUGAGAGCCAUCAUCAAGAAGAUCUGGAAGAGAACCAGUAUGAAGCUCCUUGAUCAAGUCAUUCCUCCAAUCGGAGAUGACGAGGUGACUGUGGGGAAAUUCUAUGCCACAUUCCUCAUCCAGGAGCAUUUCCGGAAGUUCAUGAAACGGCAGGAGGAGUAUUAUGGGUAUCGGCCCAAGAAGGACAAAGACACGGUGCAGAUCCAGGCCGGACUGCGGAGCAUCGAAGAGGAAGUGGCUCCUGAGAUCCACCGGGCCAUCUCUGGAGACCUGGUGGCAGAAGAGGAACUGGAACAAGCCAUGGUGGAGGCAGCGAUGGAGGAGGGGAUCUACAGGCGGACGGGCGGGCUUUUUGGCCAAGUAGACACCUACCUAGAACGCAGCGACUCCCUGCCCCCUCACAUCGCCACUCAGAGGCCUCUCCAGUUCUCGGAGGUGGAGAUGGAAGACCUGGACUCACCCGUGUUCUUGGAUGACUUCCCCCCUGCCCCAGCCGCCAGGCCCAACUCCAACAUCAACGCUAACAAUGCCAACAGCAGCCGCCCCGGUUCCAGCUUCAGUUUUGAGAAUGAGCUCCUGGGAAUGAAGCCAUCUACCUCUGGGCAACACUCGGCCAGCCAACACCCAGAUCCUCUCGGAUCCCAGCCCUCCUUCCACCUGCACCACCUGAGGAGACAGCUGAGCCGGGAGGCCAGCGGGGAGGCAGCAUCAGGCAUGCAGCCACCCAAGAAAGAAUUCAGCAUCCUACGGGAGAGGGAGUUCUCGGGGCCAGAGGCUGGUGGCCAGGUGCCAGCAAGCAGCAGCUCCCGGAGCCAAGGGGAAAGUCCGGUGUGUCUGACACCAGCUACCACCCAGCUGAUCCAGGAGGCUCUGGUCCUGGGGGGUCUGGGCCCCUUGUCCAGAGAUUCCGGCUUCCUGGCGGCCACGGGACAAGCAAUGGCAGACGCUUGCGGCAUGGAGGUGGAGCAAGUGGAGAAGGCAGCGACUGAACUACUGCAAGGACGGGAGUCCUCUGGGGGCCAGGAUGAUGGCCCCUGGCCCUCUUCCCCUGCCCCCAGCACCCCAAGUGGCCGGCCCCCACCCCAAAGCUUCCAGGAAGCAAUGGUUAUCACCAGGCUGUGA